GUGACGUCACAGACUCGCAGCCAUCUUACUUUACGUGCCUGAAUUUUGUGUAUCAAAAAGAAAAGUGCUCAAAAGAUGACAGUUUCUUCGACCAAAGGACUCGUUUUUAAGAGAAAACUUUAACUAAGGAAAUGGAAUCUCUUCUGGAGAAGAUUUUGUCGUAAUUUACUUCGUUGAAGCCGAGAGAGAAGUGUUUGUUUCAACGAUUCAUUUUGUGUUGGUGGCUGCAUGUAUCCGUCUAAGUUGUCAAACUACAAAUUCUUGACGUUUAGGAUGAAGGUGGUAAGGUACUAACUAGUACUAUCGUCUCUUGGAGGAAAGGUUUAUUGAUUAGACGAACUGUUACGCUUUCCUUUGAGUCACAGGAAAGCAAAAUUUUCAUCCAAGAAGCCCGUCCGAGGAUAGCUUGAUUUUGUGGACGCUAUAAUUAUGAACACGAUGGCUUCUAGGACACAAAAUCCUCAUGGAUUACGUCAAAUUACCCUAGAUGAAAUCUGGGAUGACCUUAAAGAAGGAAUACAACACGUUUAUAAGCAACAGAGUAUGUCCAAACCGAGAUAUAUGGAACUUUACACACAUGUUUACAAUCAUUGCACUAGUGUCCAUCAACAGUCCCAAUCCAGAGUUCCCAAACAGAAAAAGGCGCCAAACCAGGGCGGAGCCCAGUUUGUUGGCCUUGAAUUGUAUAAGAGACUCAAGGACUUCCUCAGGAAUUACCUCACAGGCAUGCAAAAGGAUGGUGCAGAUCUUAUGGAUGAGUCUGUCCUUAAAUUCUACACCCAUCGCUGGGAGGAUUAUAGGUUCUCAAGCAAAGUUUUAAAUGGUGUAUGUGCAUAUCUUAACCGACACUGGGUUCGAAGAGAGUGUGAUGAAGGAAGAAAAGGCAUCUAUGAAAUUUAUUCUCUUGCCCUAGUAACCUGGAGAGAAAAUUUGUUUAGACCUUUGAACAGACAGGUGACAAAUGCUGUGUUGAGGCUUAUUGAAAGAGAACGGAAUGGUGAAACCAUCAAUACAAGACUUGUCAGUGGAGUGAUCCAGUGUUAUGUUGAACUUGGUCUGAAUGAAGAUGAUCCUUCAGCCAAGGGACCCACCCUCAAUGUGUACAAAACGUCUUUUGAGUCAGUAUUUUUAGAAGAUACAGAGAGAUUUUACACAACAGAGAGUACAGAAUUUCUAAGAGAAAACCCUGUCACUGAGUAUAUGAAAAAGGCUGAAGCCAGACUGUUGGAAGAGCAGAGAAGAGUUCAGGUUUACUUACAUGAAAGCACGCAAGAUGAACUUGCCAGAAAGUGUGAGCACGUUCUGAUAGAGAAGCAUUUAGACAUCUUCUACUCCGAAUUCCAAAACCUCUUAAAUGAUGACAAGAAUGAAGAUCUUGGUCGCAUGUACAACUUGGUUGCCAGGAUACCUGAUGGACUAGGACAACUUCGAACCCUUUUAGAAAAUCACAUAACAAAUCAAGGACUCAAUGCAUUAGAAAAAUGUGGAGAUCAAGCAUUCAAUGAUCCCAAGGUGUAUGUGGAAACAAUACUUGAGGUUCAUCAUAAGUACAAUGCACUGGUUUUGACAGCUUUCAACAAUGACGCAGGAUUUGUUGCAGCUCUAGACAAGGCUUGUGGCAAGUUUAUUAAUAGUAACUCUGUCACCAAACAAGCUCAUAGCUCAUCCAAGUCCCCUGAACUUCUGGCCAGAUACUGUGAUUCUCUGCUAAAGAAAAGCUCAAAGAAUCCAGAAGAAGCUGAAUUAGAGGAUAUCCUCAACUCAGUGAUGGUCGUGUUCAAGUACAUUGAAGACAAAGAUGUCUUCCAGAAGUUUUAUUCCAAGAUGUUGGCUAAGAGACUUGUACAGCACAACUCAGCUUCAGAUGAUGCCGAAGCUAGUAUGAUCUCUAAACUCAAGCAAGCAUGUGGUUUUGAGUACACAUCCAAGCUUCAAAGAAUGUUUCAAGACAUAGGUGUUAGCAAAGAUCUUAAUGACAAAUUCAAGUCACAUCUAGCCAACACAGAAGCCUUAGAUUUGGACUUCACAAUCCAGGUUUUGAGUUCAGGGUCCUGGCCCUUCCAACAGUCAGCGCCAUUCUCUCUACCAGCAGAGAUGGAAAGAAGUCAUCAACGAUUCACCACAUUUUACAGCAGCCAACAUAGUGGUCGGAAACUUCAUUGGGUUUACCACAUGUCCAAGGGGGAACUACUUACAAAUUGCUUCAAAAAUCGCUACAUUCUCCAGGCAUCCACCUAUCAGAUGGGCGUGCUCCUGAUGUUUAACAACUCGGACAGUCUGACACUGGAGCAGAUUCAAGAACAGACUCAACUUAAAAUGGAUGUUCUUUGUCAAGUGCUUGGAAUUUUGUUGAAGUCAAAACUUGUUGUGAGCGAGACAUCUGAAGAUGGCUCCAACUUAGAUCUCCAGUCAUCAGUUAGUCUUCACUUUGGAUACAAAAGUAAAAAGCUAAGAGUUAACAUCAAUGUACCGAUGAAAACGGAACAGAGGCAAGAGCAAGAGCAAACUCACAAAUACAUCGAAGAGGACAGAAAACUUCUUAUACAGGCGGCAAUCGUGCGAAUCAUGAAAAUGCGCAAGAUGUUAAAACAUCAACCUCUGCUGGCGGAGGUGUUGUCACAACUGUCGAGCAGAUUCAAACCUAGAGUUCCAGUCAUCAAGAAAUGUAUUGAUAUCUUAAUCGAAAAGGAAUAUCUUGAGAGAGUUGAGGGAGAGAAAGAUACUUACGCAUAUUUGGCGUAAGAACAACAGUAAGCCGACAACACUGCUGCAGGAUGGGUCUGGAUUUCAAUUCAUUAGCUGCCGCUUCAUGUAUCAGUCUGGACUGCAGAACAAACCACGCAAAAUUAUUAUUUCCCCUUUUUAUAAUACAAACUUCACACUGGAAAGCGCCGGCAGAACAGAGCUCAUAGUCACAACAUGAUUAUUGCAAAGUGAAGUUUUAAUUUGUUCAUAAAAAAAAGAAAGAAACUGGUUAAUUCUUGUGAUUCAUUUGCUGCAUGGUAUGGUGACCUUGUGCAGUUCUGGGACGUCGAUUCUUUAUCGCUUUUGACAAGUUCAAAUUACACUUGAAGUACACUUUAAUUCUUUAUUGUGGUGCCUACUUGUAAUAUUUAUGUAUUUGCUAGUUUUUACAAACGAGGAAAACAGUCUCGUAAAAUUGUUAAUUUCUAGGAUUCUUGAAGAAGUAAAUGUUGACCAAAUGUAUCA